UUCCUAAUCAAUACAUUUGCAGCCCUGGUCCAGCCGGUAAUUUUUUGCACAAGCGCUGGACGGAAAACUGGACUAAAACGGCUUAAAGUGAGCUGCAAUCAAUAGCCACGAUUGUAAAUAAACGGCGAAGCAUUGGACUACUGUUGGUUGAUUAGUUUCCACCGCGCAGCCAAGUGAUUUUUGGUUAAACUUUGGUUUACCCCGCAAUUUUCCCAACGGGGGUGUGUGUAUAACAAAAUGGCGUCCUCGCAAGUCUCAAACAAAUCGGGCUCCGGUUGGCCCCGCCGCGGCAGCCAAGGCCAAGCGGAUGCGGCCAGCACCAACAACAACGGCACCCAGAAGUACACCAACCAGGCGCUGACCAUCAACCGCACCAUCAACCUGUACCCCCUGACCAACUACACAUUCGGCACCAAGGAGCCGCUCUUCGAGAAGGACCCAUCGGUGCCGUCCCGAUUCCAGAGGAUGCGCGAGGAGUUUGACCGGAUCGGAAUGCGGCGGUCCGUCGAGGGCGUGCUCCUGGUUCAUGAGCACGGACUGCCACAUGUUCUGCUGCUCCAGCUAGGCACCACAUUUUUCAAACUCCCCGGAGGCGAGUUAAAUGCUGGCGAGGAUGAGGUUGAGGGUCUGAAGCGAUUGCUCUCCGAGACGCUGGGUCGUCAGGACGGCGUGAAGCAAGAGUGGAUCGUGGAGGAUACCAUUGGAAACUGGUGGCGGCCGAACUUCGAGCCCCCGCAAUAUCCGUACAUUCCGCCGCACAUCACCAAGCCCAAGGAGCACAAGCGGCUCUUCCUCGUUCAGCUGCAUGAAAAGGAUACGGACGGGAACGCCAGUUACGAUGUACCCUGAGCUGUUCCAUUAGCGCCGUGUGUGUCGUAUCUACCCAACUCUACUCUCAAGAGUGCAAUGCCAUAGAACAACAAUCGAGCAAACAGAACAAGUCAAACAGAAAAGAAACAAACAGAUCGCAAAGCGGGGGACGCAGGCGACGUCUUUUAGUUAGUUUUGAUUCUAGUCGAAUUGUACAAUGUGUCUCAAGCUAAAGAAAAAUUGUAUUUUUGCUCAGGACUGCGUGUUGGCAUAUUUUGUUCUUCCGACUCUCUUGUUGUCAUUCGAAAUUCAAAGAUUGUUCUUGUACUUAAUUUUGUAAAUAUGUCGACAUACGUGUGAGACUGAGCGCAGCCAUGUUAUUCUUCUAUUUACCAAUAUUUACUUAUCUCCUAACUUCUACCCAUACUUUUUGUCAAGUGUCAUGUGUUGUUCAUCUUAAGGUUCUUGUGUACUUAUCCAAAAUCAAACCAGAAUCCACCGGGCAGGCAGCAGAGAGCAUUGUAACGUUGCUGGCUGUCACAGCAAUGCGCCCAAAUCUCGCGUGUUUGGCAGAUUUGCGUGCAUGCAGUGCAGCCAGGUCGCCAGUCGCUCCUUAAAUUAAGCACUCGUUUAUGUAAACACAAGCAAAAUACUCUGUUUAUACUUUCUUUGGCCUGCUGUGCACUGAAAUGCAUUGAAAGCCAAGCUGCCGAAGCAUUUCAGCGCACAAAACGAACCGCACAUAUCAUGUAUAAUGUUGCUUUUAAUUGAAACUGAACUGAAGUUGGGAUUUGCCAGUCGCAGCGAAUCCUAGUAAUUAGUCUAACGAAUCCAACUAUGAAUGUAAAACGACUCUAUAUCAUACGGCAGCGAUUGUUUUUUAAUAUGUAACUUGUACAACCGAUUGUAAUGCCCCUAGAUAAUAUAUUUUCUACGAAUUUGAA